GGGAUCGCUCGGCGCGCCGGCCCACACGGAGCGGGUCCUCCGUGCUGAACACCUGCCGGCAGGCGGUCUUUUAAACCGAGUUCCGUGCUUUGUGCCCCUUCAGUCGUCGCGGCCAACGUCCAGAAGCUGACCACAGUGAGGCUAACCGGGCACUGUUCUCGAGGCCCUGGGCGAGACUGCAGCCGGGGCGGGGGCGCAGCGAGGUCAGCGGAGCCCUCGCCUGCUGGGUCCACGUGCUGCAGGAAGAGCGCGCUGAAAGGGACGGGGCCUUAGGAAGGGCAGGAGCGUUUCCUGCCGCCUGGCUGUGAGACCGGCGGUUCCGAGAGGACCCUAGAGGUCUCGGCAGAGGGACUCGGACGGGGUCUGGUUAUCUGUGCGUGUGCGUUUUCAGUUUAGUGGACUGUGUAUCGGAGGUGGUGAAUCAGAAGUUCUUCAGCAGUUCCUUAACCGCGGACCUCCCGCCCCUUUAAAGAAAAGUGGCGCGGUUUCAGUUGUCACGCAGUGACGUCCCUCCAGAGCUGGUCAUCCUAGGACGUGAGAGCUGGGAGGGCCCGGUGCCCUCUGCCCCUCCCGCACGUUUACUGAGCACCUGCUGUGGAAAAGGAGGAUGCCGAGGCCUUGGCUUUCCAGCUGCAGAGGGAGUGAGCAGCCCGGACCCCAGGUGGCCCUCCCGCUGGUCUCUCCUGGAGGUGAGCCCGCCCACGGCAGGUGAAGAAGCUUGUCCUGCCAGGCACCUUCUGCGUGCUCAGUGCCGCGGCUUUAGUUGCCCAUUAGGCCUUUCUCUGGUUUUCAACCUGGAAGAAUUGAGGAACUGUGUUAUUUUUUACCGUUCCUUGAUAUUUUUCUUAAUUCACACCAUUAUCAACCAGCUAGUCUGAACUGCAGUUCUCUUCUUAUGUUUUAAACAGUUUUUCUUCCUUUUUAAGAAAGUUUCUUUGCGAUGGUUCAUCUCGGGUGACAAAGCGUGGACUCAACUGUAGUGGCAAGCACCGCUCCCGCCCUCUGUGCUGGCAGCUGUCACGGGCGGAGCAGCCAACGGACGUACUUGUCUGUCACAGAAAGCGCGCUGCUGAGUAACACCGGCGGCCUUAUCUGAGGAAAGGGAGGUCUUGCCGGAAACCUGCCGCGGGAAGUUGAGAACAACGCCAGCGUGUCACGACUUGCCGUCGGAGUUCGCUGGGACUCAACUUGGAGAAGAGUUUUGCGACGCGUAGCUUGCCUCCGUGUGUUUUACUGCACGUUUCCUCUGCUCGGCGUGGAGCUGGCUCGUGAGCUAGGCGAAGUCUAAAGCAAAGCCCAAUGGAAAGAAACCUGCCGCGGAGGAGAAGAAGAUGUACCUGGAGCCGGAGUACGCCAAGUCCAGAAUCACUGACGUUGGGUUCAAGGAGCUGGUGGUGCUGCCCCGGGAGAUCGACCUCAACGAGUGGCUGGCCAGCAACACCACCACGUUUUUCCACCACGUCAACCUGCAGUACAGCACCAUCUCUGAGUUUUGCACAGGAGAGGCAUGCCAGACGAUGGCCGUGUGCAACACACAGUACUACUGGUACGAUGAGCGGGGGAAGAAGGUCAAGUGCACUGCUCCCCAGUACGUCGACUUUGUCAUGAGCUCUGUGCAGAAGCUGGUGACUGAUGAGGACGUGUUCCCCACGAAAUACGGCAGGGAAUUCCCCAGCUCCUUCGAGUCUCUGGUGAAGAAGAUCUGCAAGUACCUGUUCCACGUGCUGGCGCACAUCUACUGGUCCCACUUCAAGGAGACCCUGGCCCUUGAGCUGCACGGACACUUGAACACACUCUACGUCCACUUCAUCCUCUUUGCCAGGGAGUUCAACCUGCUCGACCCCAAAGACACCGCCGUCAUGGACGACCUCACGGAGGUGCUGUGCAGCGGGGGCGGCGGGGGCCGCGGCGGGGGCGGGGCCGGCGGCGGGGGCGGGGCCAGCGGCGGGGGCGCGGGGGCACAGAACCACGUGAAGGAGAGGUGAGCCCCCGGCCGGACAGGCGUGCACGUGUGCAGAGAGACGGUGGUCCGUGUGCCUGCGUGUGCGCGCACACGUCCCGGGCGCGCUCGGCGGGAGGUCUGAGAGGCUGACGCCGCCCCCCCUGCCCGGCCCCGGGCGCGCCGAGCGCGGGCUCCCCGGACGCCGGCAGGCCGCGCGUCGGACUGGCCCCCCGCCGGGGCUGUCCUGUUGGAUGGAUGAGUGCCGCUUGUCAAGAAGGACCCUCGGAUUUCAUUCGUUCGCUCGACAGCGUUUAUGGGACUGCCGGUCUGAGUUUCCUUCUCCUGUGGGGCUUUCCUUUCCUUGGUCUUCCGUGUGGCGCCUGCCCCCGCCUCCCCUGAGGGCUCUGCUGUUUUGAGAGACACACACCAGUGAGAGCCGGGGCUCCUUCCCAGGAGGGACUCUGGCUCGCUUUGGUUUGGCAUCAGGGUGGGGUUAUUCUAGAGAUUCCGCCCCAUCCCCCCCUCAGACCUCCCUCUUCUGGCCUUGCUUGGAUCUUGGCUGUUGGCGGCUCAGAGCAGGUGGGGUAGGGUGGGCGUGGCCGGGGGUGCCCCACAGGGGCCCUGACCCUGUGGCCAUGUCCCCCUCUCUCCUGCCCCUGCUGCCCACGAGGGCCCCUGGACUAGCUGGGCCUAGGACCGAGGUGCCUGGGCGGACGGACGGCCUGUGUGGAGAAGCGGCUGUUGGCGGAAGGCUGGGUGUCCCUGCUCCGCUCACCUGUUCGGUCGGUCGUAAUAAAAAGAAUUCUCUCAGGUCA